AUGUUUUUUUUUUAAUUUUAGAACAAAUGUGCCAAAUACUGGCCAGACGAUAGUAUUUGUCAUGACGAUCUUGAAAUUCUGUUAAGUCAUACAGAAUCUUGCAUGGAUUUCAUUGUUCGCACCAUACUUGUUCGUAAAACAAGUAUAGGAGAAACUAGAAGAGUUAAACAUUAUCAAUUUUUAGACUGGCCUGAUCACAAAGUGCCGUCGAGUGCAUCCUCGUUACUUAUCUUAAUAAGAAGAAUGAGAUCAGAAAAUCCAAAUUUAGAAAGUCCAAUAAUUGUACAUUGCAGUGCCGGAAUAGGACGAUCGGGUACCUUCAUCGUUCUUGAUGCAUUGCUACAACAGACCGAAAGAGAGAAACAAAUUAACAUAUUAAGUUUUGUGCACAAAAUGAGAACUCAGAGAAUUGACAUGGUUCAAAAUUUGGAGCAAUACAUAUUCAUACACGAAACAAUACUUGAAGCAGUGCAGUUUGGAAACACUGCAGUUAUGGCUGACGAUCUUCCUCUUUACGUGAAAAAUAUUUGUUGUAUAAAGGCAGAUGAAAAAAUAUCAAAACUCGAAAGUCAGUUUCAGGUAUAAUUUC